AUGCAGAGGUUGAACAGCGAUGGAAAUCUAUAUCUUCUUCAGCAGGGUGAUCACUUUGUUGUGAUAGCAGUUUAUGUGGACGACUGUUUGAUUGUCAGCAACAAUCACACUGUUUUGAAGGAUGUGAAGAUCAAGCUUAUGAACAGGUUUGUGAUGAAGGACUUAGGAGCUGUGCGGCAGCUGUUAGGGAUGGAAGUUGACAGGGAUGAAGCAGACAGGACAAUCACCCUCACACAGUGCCAAUAUGUGAAGAAGCUUCUCAACCAGUUCAACAUGACAAGUUGCAAAUCCGUGGCUACACCAGUCGUCACUGGCAUCAAGUUCACAAGCAAGAUGGAUGAUUUAUUUGAUCAGCCCUCGGUCUAUCGAUCGCUUGUUGGAGGACUACUCUACCUCGCCAACAUGACUCGCCCUGACAUCUCCUUUGCCGUUGGUCUCCUCAGCCGAUACAUGCAGUCUCCGAGUUGUUAUCAUUGGCAGAUGGUGAAGAGAGUUUUGAGGUAUUUGAAAGGAACAGCUGCUCAUGGAUUGGUUUACAAAUGCUCAGGUCAAUCCAAACUUGUUCUUCAAGCUUACUGCGAUGCAGAUUGGGCUGGCAACUUGGAUACACGACAUUCAACCUCCGGAAUUUGCUGCAUAAUUGCUGGUGCUCCAGUUUCAUGGGGAAGCAAGAAGCAAACAACGGUUGCUCUUUCCAGUGCAGAAGCAGAAUACGUAGCUGCCAGUACAGCAGCAAGGGAGAUCAUCUGGCUUCGUCGAUUACUUGGAGAACUCAAUCAACAGCAAUCAGAUGCGACCAUUCUGCAUUGCGACAGCAGAAGUGCAAUCGCCAUGUCAAAGAAUCCUGUGUUUCAUGCUCGUACGAAACAUAUAGACGUGCAGCAUCACUUCAUUCGCGAACAUGUAGCAGCCGGAGAUCUUCACCUGGAAUACGUUCCUUCACAGUAUCAGUUGGCGGACCUUCUAACCAAGCCACUUUCGGAGCUCACAUUCAUCAAGCUGAGGAAUCAACUUGGAGUGUCAAGCACACCCUCAGCUUGA